AAGUGACAUUCACAAAUUCUCUCUCAGGUGCCACCUGGCCCAUAUCUGAUACGCCGUACCAGUUCCCACGCUCGAUUUGGCGCGUCAAAACAGUCAGAUUAAAAACAGAAAAAACGUUGCGAGAAUUUCAAAGUCUGUGUUUUCACUUUUGCUUUCCCUCCGGCCUAAAGCUACAAAUAGUUUCUUUUCUUUUGGUAUAAAAUGCCUGAAAACUCGAAUAUCCCUGACUCUCCAGUUUUUAAUGGCCUUACCAACCUCUUCAAGAUCUGAACCAUCUCUCCUCCUCCCAUUCUCAUUCUCACCAGCUUCUUCUUCUUCUUCUUCAGAGCCAUGACAUCUUAUUCUCCGACUUUCCGCCAUCUCUCUCCUCUCCAACUCUCUCGCUCGCACAACUACUGCUCACUCUGUACGGUCCCUCGUCUUGGAUCCGUUUCGGCCUUUUCGCCCCCGAGUUACGAUCUUAAGUUGAUUGGACCAAGUUUCCGAAGGCAUGGACGCCGCUAUCGUUAUAGUGAUGUUGAUUUCGGUGCCUUUGAUGCGGAUGCAGCUGAUGUAGCACCACUUGAUGAUUGGGGAAACCAUGAAGAGUCUACAGGUUACAUGAUUUAUUCCAGCGGUGGUGAAGAUAGUGAUGCAGAGUUCGUUGUAACUCCCGUGGCCGAUAUUGAUUUGCCUGCCAUCACUGUAUCAACUAAUGAGUCUCUAACUGUGACUGCUCAUCGGUUUGCAUUGCUUGGGAAACAGCGUAAGAAGCACAGGAUCAGGAAUGGAGUAUUACUCAACACUGGACUGAUAAUUUUCUUAGUGGUGGUGCUUCUAUAUGUGGAUUGGUGUGCAUGGCGGAUUGUUAGACUACCUUUGUCACCAUUUCACUUGACCUGCCCCUUUUUCAUAUCAGCCGCUUUAGCUGCAUGUGCGGGAUACGUUUGUGUUCCAUUUCUCUAUGUCUUGAAGAUUCGUCAAAUUAUCAGGAUAGAAGGGCCUGUAAGGCACUCCUUAAAGAAAAGAACUCCCACUAUGGGUGGGCUAUUUUUUGUACCAGUUGGUGUAAUUGUUGCGAAAUUCAUUGCCGGUUUUUCUUCUGUCGAAGUUUCUGGAGUAGCUCUAGCAACUCUUGCAUUUGCUGCAAUUGGGCUACUUGAUGAUACAUUAAGCCUUAUCAAGAACCAUAACACUGGUUUAUCCGCAUGGACAAAAAUUAUUAUGGAGGUAGCUGUUGGAAUCUGGUUUUCAUAUUGGUUGCAUACAACAAAAAUAUCAUCACCCUAUGGCAUGAAAAUGUUGGUUCCUCUACCUGCACUGGGCCUUGUGUGCCUGGGUAAAUGUUAUCUGGCGUUGGCCUCAUUCUGUUUUGUUUCUAUGGGAAAUGGGGUUAACUUAACAGAUGGUCUUGAUGGGCUGGCUGGAGGGACUGCUGCGUUGGCUUUUAUAGGAAUGUCGAUCGCAGUGCUUCCAGUAUGUUCUGACCUUGCUAUAUUUGGAGCAUCAAUGGCAGGAGCUUGCGUUGGUUUUCUUUUGCACAAUCGAUACAAGGCAUCUGUAUUCAUGGGUGAUACGGGAUCUUUGGCACUAGGCGGAGGGUUAGCUGCAAUGGCUUGUUGCACAGGGAUGUUCUUUCCAUUAUUUGUUUCAUCUGGCAUCUUCGUCGUGGAAGCCUUAUCGGUUAUUCUGCAGGUAUUGUACUUCAAGACAACCAAGCGCAUGCACGGAGCUGGUCGUCGUCUCUUUCGAAUGGCGCCGUUUCAUCAUCACCUUGAACUAUGUGGGUUGAAAGAACCAGUCAUUGUUGGUGGUGCAUACGUUAUUUCAUCCACAUUGGCGUUAUGCGCUGGCUAUCUGGGUCUGAUUUCUGCAUAACAUUUGGAUGAUGGACAAUGGACUCCUUGUUGUUACCAUUCUUUGUAGUUACUUAGGAUCACUAAAAUUAUUUCUUAUAUGAUGUAAGGUUUAUUUAUUUGUAAUUCAACAGCUUGCUCUGAAAAUAUAGUAUAUUUACAAGUCAAACCCUGUAUGCCAAUUUUUUGCUUAGAAGACUGAAUACCAGUUGUAGUUCGAUACGUUGAUCACAAGUAUAUUUGACAAUUCGUAAUUU